AUGGUGCUCAAGUCGGAAGACGGGAUAGUGCCGGACGACCUCACCCCGGAGGAGCAGCAGGAGUUGGAGAAUAUCCGGCGGCGUAAACAGGAGCUGCUGGAAGAUAUUCAGAGGCUAAAGGAUGAGAUAGCAGAAGUCACAUGUGAGAUUGAGAACCUGGGCUCCACAGAGGAGAGGAAAAAUAUGCAGAGGAAUAAACAAGUGGCUAUGGGCCGAAAAAAAUUCAACAUGGACCCCAAAAAGGGGAUCCAGUUCCUCAUCGAGAACGACCUUUUAAAAAACACGAGUGAUGAUAUUGCUCAGUUCCUCUACAAAGGUGAAGGUCUUAACAAAACGGCCAUCGGAGAUUACCUUGGAGAGAGAGAUGACUUCAAUAUUGAGGUGCUCCACGCAUUUGUGGAGCUUCAUGAAUUCACAGAUCUAAACCUUGUUCAGGCUUUAAGACAGUUCCUGUGGAGUUUUCGUCUUCCUGGAGAAGCUCAGAAGAUUGACCGUAUGAUGGAGGCCUUUGCUCAGCGCUACUGUCAAUGCAACCCUGGGGUUUUCCAGUCCACUGACACGUGUUACAUCUUGUCAUUUGCCAUCAUUAUGCUGAACACCAGUCUACACAACCCAAACGUGAAAGACAAACCGACCGUGGAACGAUUCAUCUCAAUGAACCGAGGCAUCAACGACGGCGGAGACCUGCCCGAAGACCUGCUCCGGAAUCUGUAUGACAGCAUAAAGAACGAGCCGUUUAAAAUCCCUGAAGAUGACGGCAAUGACCUCACUCACACUUUCUUUAAUCCUGACAGAGAGGGCUGGCUACUCAAACUGGGGGGACGCGUAAAAACCUGGAAGAGACGAUGGUUCAUCCUCACAGACAAUUGCCUCUACUACUUUGAAUAUACAACUGACAAAGAACCCAGAGGAAUCAUCCCAUUAGAAAACCUCAGCAUCAGAGAAGUUGAAGACAAGAAGCCUAAUUCUUUUGAGCUCUUCAUUCCCGACAACAAGGACCAGGUGAUAAAGGCGUGUAAGACAGAGGCGGAUGGUCGUGUUGUCGAGGGAAACCAUACCUUCUACCGAAUCUCCGCUCCAACAGCAGAAGAAAAGGAUGAAUGGAUGAACAGUAUCAAAGCUGCCAUCAGCAGAGACCCUUUCUAUGAGAUGCUUGCAGCCAGAAAGAAGAAGGUGUCGUCCAUGAAGAGGCACUAG